AGUGAUAACGGAUCUAGAAUUUAUUCGAGUAAUCAAUAGAAAACGACAGACGACAGUCUUGGUAAUUUGAUACAUACGAAUGUUAGUUUUGACGAAUACUACAUUUUCAACUUUCAAGUCAACGAUAAAUUCAUUUUUCUGAAACCUGUGAUACGAAAUAGGUAAUUCAUUCGUCGUGAUAAUUUUUUACAAUUUCAUUAAUCUAUAAUCUCAGACUGGAGAAAUACAAGACAUGAAAUCAACGCUGCAAAAUAUCACCCUGAAUUUACUCCUUCUGUCGCUCAUAUUCAUAUUGGGAAAAUGCGACCUAGGGGCCAAUACCGAUGAUACCGAUUACUAUAAAAUCCUCGGAGUCAAAAAGGAUGCCAGUCAAGCAGAAAUCAAACGAGCUUUCCACAAGUUGGCGAUAAAAUAUCAUCCUGAUAAGAAUAAAAGUCCGGAUGCGGAGGAAAAAUUCAAAGAAAUAGGAGAAGCCUAUGGAGUAUUAUCUGAUCCUGAUAAACGUAAGCAAUACGAUAACAGAGGAGCUUUCGGUGGCCAGUUCGGUGGAUUCCAAAGAGGUUCGUUCGACUUUAGCGGAUUCAGUUUCGAUGAUCUGUUCGGUAAUUUCGAAGACCAUUAUAACGAAGAAGAUUACCAUCAUCAGCAUCAGCAUCCCCAUCAUCAACGUAAAAGAGGAGGUGGAGGAUUUGGUGGCAGUAAUUUCCAAUUUUUCAGCGAUUUUCCCGAUUUCUUCGAUACUGACUCAAUCGUGAACCGAAUGGGAGGCGGUGAAAAGCACCGAUUCGGAGGAGGAGAUUCUUACUUCGCUCAACAUUUCAGCGGUGGUGGCGGCGGCGGUGGUGGAUUCCAAAGACAACAAAGCUCAGGUAGAAAUUGCCGAACAGUUACUCAAAGAGUAGGUAACACCAUAACCACAUACACAACGUGUAAUUGAAAAUCCCAACCAGUAUCCUCGCCUAUUCACAGGGUCACCGAUCUUGUAUCAUUAGUGUAUUUUUAUUCGUUAUUUCGUUACAAUUUUUUUCCAUUUUAUUACCUCUACGUCAGAAAUACGUCUCUUCGGAUGCGGUAUUUUAUUGACACAGUUGUUGUCGUUACUUCGUCAUACGAGUAUUUUCUUUUCAUUUGUGUAAUACCUACCGUUAGCUUUAACAAAUACCUACGUACUCGUAUGACUGUCAAAUUUCUAUUUCACACGAAAUACUUUGUUAUCGAGAAUUUACGAGUAAAUUCGAUGCUAGUCGAUUGUCAGUGAUGGAUGCAUCAAGCACUGAUGUUCUGUUUUUUAUUUUCCUUCUUUUUAUGUAUUAUUGAUAUUUCGAUGUAGUAUUAUUUAGUUUGUUCAUGAUUAUCCUCUCAUCAUCGUGUUUCAACUCAAAUAUUUGGAAUAUUAUUAUUAUCGUGGGCAUGGCAGCAAUCCCUUUCUCGAUCGUGUUCGUCGAGUAUAGUUUUUAAAUUAUGUCGUAAUAGUUACCGUAAUUUGUAUUUAGCGAUUUAAUUUAUAGGUAUUUUUAAACAAUGCUCUUGUAAAUAUCUUCAUUAUUUUAUUUUU